AAUCCAACAAAACAAUCUCUUAAAUUACACCCAAAAUCAGGCCUCAAUACAAAAUGACCAAUCUACCCUCCCCCGCCGCCGCCGUUUUCUUCUUACCAAUGCUGCUCUUCUCCAUCAUCACCACAGCCUCUGCACUCGAUCCAGCCGCCGGCACCGGAACCAGCACCGGCGCCGGCGCCGGCGCGGAAGAACCUCCGGUCCUGGAAUUCUUCAUGCACGACAUCCUCGGCGGCAGCAAUCCGACGGCCCGACCAAUCACCGGCCUGUUAGGAAACAUCUACAGCGGCCAAAUCCCCUUCGCCACCCCCCUCGGAUUCCUCCCGCCGGACCAAAACUCCGUCGCCAUUCCCAACCCCAACGGCGCUCUGCCGACCAUAAACCCUAGCGGAAUCCCCCUCGGCACCGGCCUCCUCGGCACCGCCUUCGCCGGCGGCGUUCCGGCCAACAACAACAACAACGGGCAGCCGCUCACCACCCAACUGGCGGCGGACGGACUGGGGCUGGCCUUCGGCACCAUCACCGUCAUCGACGACUACAUCACGACGGCGCCGGAGUUGGGGUCCCAGCACCUCGGCAAGGCGCAGGGUGUCUACGUGGCGAGCUCCGCCGACGGGUCGACGCAGAUGAUGGCGUUCACGGCGGUGAUGGAAGGCGGGGAGUACGGAGACAGCCUGAAUUUCUUCGGAGUGUACAAGAUUGGGAGCACAAUGUCACGACUGUCGAUCACCGGCGGCACCGGAAAAUUCAAGAACGCGUGCGGGUUCGCGGAGCUCCGGUCUCUGAUUCCGGCCGGCCAGCAUGUCGCCGACGGCGUGGAGACGUUGAUGAGGAUCACUGUUCAUCUUACUUAUUGAGAGAGGAUCUCUCUCAUUUUCUUUUCUUUUGUUUUUUUUUUUUUUUUGCUUUUUUUCUUCUUUCAAAUUUGAUUGUGGUGUGAAAUGAAUCGAUGAAAUUAAAAAGAUAAAUCGUGUCUGUAUGUAUGUAUCUAUAUGGUAAGUUUGCAACGAAAUUCCUUUUAAUUUGAGUGAUUAGACAACAAACCACCUACCCUGACCAUUUUGGGUAUCUGUUC